CAGAGCUCGGCGGCGUUCUGAUAUCACCGCAACUCCUGUGCUAGAAGCAGACGACUUUCUGUCCGCAUAGGCAUGGGCCGGCAUUGUAAACUGCUUCCAGUGCCAGUGCUUCAGUUAGACACGAGUCGCAUGGCGAUGGCGUUGCACGCUAACGAGAACCCUGACACGAGUCACCCCAAGCGUAUUUGUACGCAAACGUGUGACAUGCGAGCACAGAUCGUGGUUGGACUGCGCUCCCGUCCGAUGCUGAUGGGGGGGAUUCCAUGACAACCCCGAUGACCUGCUUCACAACCUCGGAGUUUAAACCUGUUGACGACUACUGUGGUUGAGUGGAUUACGAAGCAUCGAAUUCCUCGCGGGAGAGCGAUGGCAGGAACUGGAGCCGGGGAAUGAGUACUAUUGUUGAAUUGCCUCAGCGUGGCAGAGCUGGGUUGUACGACCCUAGAAGAGGUGAGCUCGAAAGAAGAGCUGGACGUGCAUAACUGCUGCAUCUCUUCCUUAUUACAGAACCAUAGAGGAGCUCUUUAGGCUGAUGGCUUAUCGUGAAAGACUCGGUUCCCAAGCAACAACGAGGAAGAGGAGUGCGUUGUUGGCCUGAAGGAAACACUUGUGCAAUAACCCCUGCAGCCCUCAGACCAGCGGACUAGUUGAAAAUGUGAACGAGACAGUGGUUCCUGAAAUUACUGCAUUCAGGAUCAAUUUUUGAGGAUUGGGUUGCACAAAGCCAAGGAGGGCCAGCCUAACCUUAACACUCGCCUUCAUAGACCAAUGAGAGAGACUGCCCGUCAAUGAGGCAGACACUUUACCUUGCGAGGACUGCCAGCCCCUUCAGACUACCUGUGCAAGCAUUGGAAGACGAUACACUCGUUGUUUAGGAGAAAAACAAGUUGGGUGGUGCGAAAUGUGUGCUGCAGGUAGCGCACACUCAGCAACAAUGCUAUCAUCGUGGCCACUGAUGUGACGUCGGUCCAAGUCAUGUACAGGAGAAUUCUUCUUCUUUUUCACAGCCUUCGAGCCAGAUGAAUUCUUGCAAAUCGAGUUUUCUCGAGAAAAUAAUCUUUAGUCGUACUGGGCAUACUAACUUGUUUCCAUUUUCUGCACUUGCCUUAUCUAUAAAUCCCUGGAAUAGUCUUUCAAGUCAUUUAGCUUUUUCAGACCCAACAUUGGUUAAACAAAGUUGUGAAGAGCUGGUUUGUUAAUGUGCUGUUUUCUUGACAAAUUUUGUUUUGCGAAUGAUUGUCUUUUCUUGUGCUCGUUGAUGUGUUGAGUUAUGGAGAGAGCGUCAGUUUGUCUCGAGUGUUUUCUAUUCUCUAAUGUCGUUAUAUUUCUGGUAUUGACAGUUUGCUGGUUUUCAUUGUUGUAUAUAUGUAUGACGCAACAUCGAUUGCUAGUAAAAAAAGUUUGUUUACGCGUUGCAACUUCUCCCACUUUCUUGUUUCUUCUCGUGUAAUGAAUCACUUGAUGCCUUCAAAAGUAAUAAAAUAAACAAAACUAAAAGCGUGAUGUCAAGCUUCGAUUGGCCCUUAUUAGAAGGCUAGUGGGUAGAUAUCGAUGCCAGCUGUGUCGAGGUCUACUCACUAUCCUUCCAAUCGGAGCCAAUUAAAGCUCUGCGUUCUGACGUCGCCGCGACCCCUGCGCAAGAACUGGACAAACUUGUACUCCGCAUAGCCUGUUGCAGGUUAAGAAUAGGGGGACAAGUUCCCUACAAAGCUCUCUGCUCACCAUAAUUGGUGGUUUUCCUCUCUCCGGCGUUCGCUCUACUAAAGUGGAAACGACGGAGGGCCUCGCGGGAGAGCCUGCCCCGCUAUUCUAAACCCGUGGCGGACCAUAGUCUGUAUCGCAAAUGCGCAAUCCCAGCUAUAGGUAUGUGUGCCUUCUUAACACUGCCUCCCUCCUCCCCCCCUUUCCCUUUCGGCUUCUGUGCGCAGACCAAGAGGAUGCGCCGUCCAUCCUGGCCACUGUGGAGACCUUCUCGUGCUUGAACUGCUCUAGCGUCUUCUCCUCGCGGGACUUCCUGGAGAAGCAUCGCGAGGCUGUGCAUGGGCGGCCACAUGUGUGCGGCACCUGCGGGCAGAGCUUCGCCCUGCGGCGUGCCCUGAGGACCCACAAAAGGACCCACACAGGCGAGCGGCCGUACGUCUGCCCCCAGUGCAGCAAGGGCUUUGUGACAAAGAGCGACUUGAAUCGGCACAGCCACAUCCACACGGGUGCCAAGCCGCAUCACUGCGGCCUGUGCGGUUUCCGGUCGAUAUGUCUGUCGGACGUGAGGAAGCACGAGGUGGUCAUGCACACGAAGGAGUACCCCCACACGUGCGUGCUGUGUGGGAAAGGGUUUAUCAAGCCGUCUUAUCUGAGGGGACACUUGGCAAAGCAGCACGCGAAUCGGGAAGAGCAGGAGUAGUGGGGGGGGGUGUGCCCAGACUGGUGUGGGAAUGAACUGGCUGCCCCCGAACUAGCGUGGGCUUGAAAUGGCAGUGGCGUCGGAACAGGGGGCGACUGCCACCCCAUUUGUUUCAGAAAUUUCAUGCAAACAAUACGGGGGGGGGGGGGGGGGGCAAAAAAUCUCGCUCCCCCAUCUGCUGAAUAGUUCUGACGCCCCUACGAGAUGGUGUGUGCCCAAAGUGGUCUGGGCCUAGACUGGUGUGUGAACAAACUGAUCUGCACCCAAACUGGUGUGUCCAAAGUGGUAUGUGCCAAAACUGUUGUGUGAACAAACUGGUGUCUUCCUGGACUGGUGCACCCAAACUGGUGUGCACCGAAACUGCAUCUGAACUAGUGGGCAGCUUCCAUUCGACGACAGAGUUUGAACUCGGAGGCGAGUGCAUCGUGGAGGAGUCUGUAAAUAAAGUUGUAGCUGCGCUUGACCACUGCUUCGUUGCACAUGCACGUGUAUGUGUGGCUGAGCGAGUCUGUGUGUCACGCUGCCAAUGCAGAUGUGGAUGUGUUCUGGCCCACAAUUUUGCUCAUCAUUAGGCUGGCUUGCCUAAUUACAGUCUUGCCACUGGUCAAUAGAAAAGAAUAAAAGUAUUUCCACAAAUGCUGCGAGCCUUUUGAAGGAAAAAGCAUGAGAGAGUGAACCAGAAAACAUACACUUACUAUAGCCAGGCCGGACUUCACAGUUUUGACUAAAAGACACCGGUAAACGUCUGCCGGUGUGAAAAAUUCAAAAGUGGUUAAAAACAAAACAAACAAUUGUAGUUCGGCUCUAAUCAAAAACUAUGUCAGUCAAAAUCCCACCUCCUCGGAUGUCAGUAUGGCGUGCAACCUUUUGCACUCUACCAGACCCAAAUCCAUAGAUCACUGACCUUGCAGUUCAGUAUCACUAGCAAUGGGUCAGUCGGUCGGUCGCCACAGAUGGUCGUACCGUGUGAUCUGUGCAGGUCGGUGCUGGACCACAGUGUUCGAAACUACCCCAGACAUUAUCGGUUCAACUUUACACAAUGUAGGUGGGAAUUCCUCACAUUUUUUUUAAAUGUAGCAGGAUUCAACAGGGCGAGCAUUUUGGCAGAGUUCGGUGAAAAUGGUGCAGCAAUUACAUCACUGUGAUGGAAUUAUUUGUGCUAAAUUUAGUAGCCAAUUUCUAGGAAAAACAAUAUUUCCUCUGCACACAAAUCUACAUACUGAGGUCAUAACAAAUGACUGAGCAGUUGACAAAUACAUCUCAAAAAUAAAAAGAAAGCCUUUAUUCAUUCAAAAAAUAGCUGCCUUUGGAAGACAUAAUUUAACCACUUGCAGAACUUAAGGGGUCUGCUGAAGUCACUUUCACCAUGAUGAAUGCUCAUCGGCUGCCUGGCAACAAGCACAUUAAAUCUUGAAAAAUAACACCGGUUCUCACACUCUCAGUUUGUGGAAACCACAGCUUCUUAGCUGCAGUCCACGCAACAAAUGUUUGCAAAAGAUGUUACAGUAGUGACGUUUACCACUGCAAAAUAAAGUAAAAAAGUAAAACCAGUAUACCAUUUUAUGUUUCUGUGAACACAGACAAAAUGAGAUGUACACUGCUUGUGUCCAGGAUCAGAACUGUCCCCAGAAAAUCUUUUUCCAGCUGAGAAUUCAAUUGUUGCAAUUUUAAUGGUUUACUGUUGCUCUACAGUUUGAACAGGUCCAGCUUAAAUAUGAACCAACCACUAGCAUAGUUCUGAUUGGCAUAGUAUAUCUCUUCCAUUUUUGUUCUUGUUGCAUCUUGCACGUCACGGCAGUAAAAUAAAGAUUGUGAUUCCAGUUGCUCGGUCAAGAAAUUAAGCAUCUUUGUAUCAUCUUAAAUCAGAACAUUGUUGUAAACUAUCAGCAGAAACACAGAUGCAAAACAUGAGCAACAGUGACAGGCCCAUGACUGGAACUAAAAAUAAAUAAAUAACUAAGAAGAGUAGCCGUCCAUUAAUAUAAACGGCUACAAAUAGCCCAACAAAGCUUGCUCACACUUAAAGAACAACUAACGCUCAACAAAAGCCUCCCUGACCUGGGAACAAGACAAAAAAGACCUGGUAAUAACCUACCAAACUUGCAAACUUGUUAAAUAAGACAUGCAUACAUCCAGAGCAAAA